UCAGUUCCGUCGGCUAAACGUGUCGGCUGGAGGUGGCGGCAAUGAAAGCUCCACACCUACCGUGGCCUGCAGUGUCCACCUAAACUACGCUAUGCAAAACCAUGUGUGUAUGUAUGUAUGUGUGUAUGUCUGUGUGUAGAAUGUAUCCUUGAACAAACCAGCACUAAUCACCUGAAUGGUAGCUGAAUGUUGCUGUAGCGUUCGAAAAAAUCGAUGGGAAAACUAUUAAACGUAUACUUAACCACUGUACUGCUGCAUGCAAACUAGCGGGCUUAACCGUACACCGUCUGCACCUGGGGGGCGAACGUCGCAGGUGAAGAACGAACACCCGCGUGCGACAGAGUGUUCGUGUUGGUUUUCUAUCAUUUACUCCUAGCCGGGAGGUGACUGUGCUUUGACUGUUAGUGUGUCUGUCUGUCUGUCUGUCUGUUUAGGACGCGCGGUACUAAUCAGCUGCCGACAGUGUAGAGGUGUGCAAUUUAUCAUACUCUAAAACUCCCCCCAUUCGUAGUAGAGCAAUCGUCGUGCGUCCCCCCACUUCUAUCGGUCGUUUACUAUUACAUUCGCUCCACUCACUGAAAAGAACGAAGAAGCAAGGUAAAAACGAAUCAUAAGCAAAAGGGGAAGGUUCGUCGCUGACGCUUACCGCGAAGAAUAAGAAACAAACAACAUACACAUCAUGCAAAAACCAAAAAACCACACAUACUUGUAACAAAACCCACUCGAUAGCCGAUACAGUAGCGAGAAUUGUCGUUCAAAACUAAGUUUAAAUAGCUAGACAAGGAGGUGAGCAAGAUUUUUUCUUACUCCCUUGUAAUAAAUACACCCACUCACAACAUACACGCUGAAACAAACACACAAAAUCACACAAACACACACACACACACAAGUGAAAAACUUAAUCUUAAAUCCAGCACCUAGUGCGCACCCAAGAGAUAAGCAUUUUUUGAUAACUGUCUACAGAGGUUAAGGGAUAGGAGGCGAAAGUGUCCCUGCAAGCGUGCGCCCAGGGGUUUAUGUUGCGCGCAAAACGAUACUGUAAAGUGUAAGCGUUUCAGUGUUAACGAUGUAGUGUAGUAGCAGCUCGUUUGUAAGUGUGUCUGUGCGCGGAGAGGAGAGCUAAUUCAAUCGCCAAAAAAGCAGCAACAAACAGCAGAAAAUAACACUUAGACACACACAGUCAACCGAUACCGUCUUACUUUGCAUGCGUGUAGAUAAAUGUCGGGAGGGGGAAGCGCCCGUAGCGAUAUAGGCCCGUGUGAAUUGAUCAAGCAGUAGCCAGAUACAGAACAAGAAAAAAGAAAGCAAGAGAGAGCGAGAGAGAGAGAGAGAGAGAGAGAGAGAAAGCGUGCAGCUUCCGUUGUUGUUGUAAGCGUAUAGGUGAUUUACUCCUCACAACUGUGUGCUAUAUAGAGCUAUAUCCGUCUACUAAUCAUCCCAUCGGUCAGUCGUCCCGUCAAAACCCUCCCAGCAACCCUUCACCAUCCCAUCCAAAAGCCAACCAAUCGAACCACUUGUCAGCGGUUAAAACGAACGGGGAGAAAGCAAAACGACCCGCGAAAGCUAUCCUGUUACCAGUCCCCGACCCGUCGCCAGAGGCUUGAGGCUGACAGGAAGCUCCUGUAGGGGGUGGAAAUUCGGGCUCUAACUUCACGCGUACCCGCACCCCAAUCUUCCGGCCAGCGGCCACCCCCACACACCCACAACAAUCUUCAUCGCCACCCGAAAGCAUCGUCGUCGUCGUCGUUAUAUAUUAUUGCUGUUAUCAUAUUGUUGUUAUUAUCACUGUUGUUGUUAUUGUUGUGGAUGCGACACUGCGCCAUCGUUAUCGUCGUCGUUGUCGGUGGUGGUGAGGUUGUUGUUAGCAGCAACACCAACAGCAGCAGCAGUAGAAGCAGUAGCCGCCUCUCUAGCCGCGUUUGUAGCAGCCGUUAGUCACCCGUGCCGGUGUAAGAACGCAAGCGCAAGAUGUAUGCAGCAGCAGGUGGCGCCUCGCUGGCGUCACGCCAGGCGCGCAAGAAGCAGGCCCAGCAGAACACGAAAAACAAAGCCACCAACCAGCAGAUACUGCGGGAGAAGCUGGCCGCGAAGGCGGCCACCACGCCGACCAAAAGCAAACACUUCCACCAGCUGCCGGCGUCGUACCUGCGCGCACCGCACCAGCACCACCGGAAGCUGAGCGCCGGCUACACGAGCAUACCGGGGGCGGAGCAGCAGCCACCGGCGGCGGCACCACCGAUGCACCACCGGUUCGCUGACCAUCCGUGCGCUUCCUACACCGGGCCGGCCGCCGUUACGCCCAGCGCUGCGCAUCACGCACACGGUCCGGGACACCUGGGACACGCGCACCACCAUCACCACCACCAUCACCAUGCGGGCGGUGCUGCCGGUAUGCCCGCCCAUCCCUGCCAUCUGCACGGUGCGGCCGGUGGACCGUCGGGCCAUCCGCCCGCCUCCGGCGCAUCCUUUCCGCCGAUGCCGAAACCGACCGGGUUCCGCGAGUACGACCGGCUGGUGCGGCGCCAGCAGCUCACCAAGUCCGCCACCGCCACCCUGCCGCUCGUUUCCCAGGCGCAGGACACGCCACCGCAAACGCCCGAGCAAACGCUCGGUGGGUUCGGCGAGCCGGCCCACCCGCACCAUCAUCCCCAGCAGCUGCUUCUUUUGGAGCAGCAGCACCAGCACCAUCAUCAUUCCCAACAGCACCUCGAUAAGCUGGGCCACGAUGACCAGGACGAGGAGGAACAGGAACAGGAGGAGGAAGGGGAGGAGGAGGCCGGAGAUGCCGACGCGCUCACGCAGCCGCUGACGCUGCAGAUACCGAACGAUCCGAUCAUCAUUACGCCGGCCACACCGCAGGCCACACCGCCGGGCCGGCUCGGGCUGAAGCCGCUCGUGCUGACGGACGACGAGGAGGUCCGGCCGCUGGCCAGCCCGGCGCCCGGGGCGCUCGAGCGCAAGUGCAGCGUGUACCGGGCCCGCAAGUACGACGACCCGUUCGAGGAGCGGCACUACAACGCGACGACAAUAAGCAGCGCGCAGCACCACCAGUACCAGCCGGACGAUGUGUUCUUCCCGCCGGCGGGCGGCAGCAUGCCGAACGGGGGCGGCCACUCGACCACGACGACCACGCCCGGCCACCAGCAGGGGCAGCUGGCGAAAUGGGACUCGGAGUACUACUGCUGCGAGUGUGACCACCGCCAGUACGGUGUGUGUACCUGUGAUCAGUUCGAGUGUGCCCAAGGUCGUGCAGCAUGGUUAGAAAGAGGAAGACGUUGCAGCGUACAGGAAACACCCGCCUCCUGCCAUCGACGAUGGGUCAAACGGAAUCGAAUACAAGACUCAUCGUUAGGUGGCUCCUCGGACGAUGAAGACCUACUCGGCGUACUCAGAGGACCCAGUUCAUUCGCCAAUGCCUUCCUAUACGUAGGUUUAGGUACCAUAGCAAUCGGUUUAGUGAUAGCAUUCGUCGGUACUGGCGAGAAAGGAUUCAAAACGGUUGAACUAAGACUAAUCGGACCAUCGUUAAUUGGUCUCGGCUUAUUAUGUUGUACAUUACGUAUCCUGUUUUGUAUAUGCCCAUCCCAUUGUAUAUCAUCUAGUCGUAGAGCGCGAGAUAAGAAAAACGCCAAGAUAGACGCAGAUCAUAGAACUUCCCUGUUACGAGGCGACAGUAAACGAGUAUCGAUAGCACGCGGACCUCACAUACCGACUAAACAGCCUCAGAUAUAUCCUAAAUCUAUCGUCAAAACCAAAACCUACGAAGGUGUAGAGGCACUGCGGCAGAUCGCAACCACGUCGCUCUUUCUGCAGAAUGAGCAAAAGGUGUCAUCGAACCGAAUCGUUCCUAUUAUCAAAGAACCGGAGAAGCUAGAAGAACCACCUUUAGAGCUGAAGAAGCUAGAAUCGCGCAAGGACGAGGCUGCGAUCGUGAGCAUAUCGGAUGGGGAGGACGAUUCGCAUCGAAAGCAGGCGGCCGCCCAGCACCAUGCGUCCGACACGCAGGUGAUAGAUCUGACCGGCGAAGACCAAGACGACGAGCAGUCCCACUCGCCGAGCAGUGGCACGAGCCACCAGCGCAAGGACAGCAAACUGCGUCGCCAGCGCACCUCCGUGCAUCAGCAGAAGCCGGCCCGAGAGCUGCAGAGCUCGGCGUACGGCGGGGCAGCCGGCCACAACACGGCGCCCAGCGAACCGUCGAGCCUGCUGAUGGAAACGUCUCUUAUGAUCAUCGGCCCAACGCCGCUGAGCUCCCCGACGAAGGCGGCGAACGCAACCCCACCGACCCGGACGCCCGGCGGUACGCUCACCGUUCCUACCCUGUCCGCGAACGGGUCCGCCGUGCACGGUGCGGGGCAGCCGGGCAGCAAAACCGCCACGAGCAGCACCACGCCCGGCAAUCUGCUAACGCUUCCAGCCGCCGCCAUCGCCACCGCCAGCUCAACGGCCGGUAGUGCCGGCGGGCCGACGGUCAGUUUCGCCGGCAGCACGCUACUGCCGGGUCAGCUUUCGCCACUGCCAUCGACGUCGUACCUGCCGUCGUCGUCGGUAGCCGGCGGUUACCGAUCGUCAUCCACUUCCUCGCCGCUGCCCGGCUUCAUGCCGUCGUCCGUUUCGCCCCACUACCACAGCAACAGCAGCAGCAGCAGCAGCAACUACAUCUACUCGCCACCGCCUUUCACGCAGCACGCGGAGCCGACCGCGCACGGAACCAAUACGAUCACGACGGCGGCUUCCACCACGCUGCUGCACGCGCCAUCGGUCAGCUCCAACAAAACCGAACCGGAGCUAGUGUUAAGUCCAGCGAAGUUAGGACAGUAGAGUACGAUGCAGAGGUGAAGAAGGAAACCCCCCCUACACCCCCAUUCACGCCCCGUGUCUCGCUGCGUAUGUAGUAGAACCACUCAUUUCCCCCCCUUUUUCCUUGCCUGCUAUAUAGACUUAUAUACAACAAACACCCCAGUAGAGAGGAAGAGAAUCGAAAGCCUGCGCGUGAGUAUGGCGGAGCACAGGUUUGAUUACAGGAAGAAGAAACAAUGAUACCGAUAAGAGCACACGAUAGACAAUGCUAUCGGCAAACAUCAAAGGCUACCGCGCCACCCGCUAAGAAGCAAAUCCAACAAAAAACCCUCUCGAUCGUAGUCGCGAUCGCGCAGACAUGAGGCGGCCGCGGCGACAGGAGCAAACCACAAACCGCAGGCAAAAUGGCUACUUUUCCUUGCAUUGAGAGCAGAGCAGAGGCUGCUCGGUGAUGUGUCUAUUGAUUUAUCGCUUUGAUAGCUUUUGAAGUAUUCUUCAUACCGUCAUGGCUUGUUGCUAUGGAAAUCAUAAUAAUUAAAGUAUUUAAACAACAACAGAAAAAAAAAAGAAACAUGUCUAGUGUCUAGCUCUACAUAUCGCCAUCGGAUUGUGUAAAAAAAAAACAAACAAACAAACCAAACAACAAUGUAUUGAACAAGUAUAUAUAUUUUUAAAGUGUAUAAAUUGAGCAACUUCUCAUGGCAGCCUUCUGAAUAAACAAAAUACACACACACACACAAACAUACACACACACUCACAAAGUCGGAGUUACUUUAGCGUGGAACAAGAGGGCAUCCUGCAGAUUGUGUGCCAGCGUAACGCCGCUAUUUAUCAGAUUGGUGUAAAAAUUGGGGAGAAACCACAAUCACACACAGGCACUCCCUACCGAACACCAAGCCCAAGAUUAAUUGGAGAGCACAAAACUACAUAUACACACAUAAACACAAGCUUGCCAUCGAGAGAUUGAAUUGAUUAAAAAACCAAACAGUAACGAGGUACUUCCAGGAGCUAAUUUUGAGCGAGCCAAUUUACUUGGUUCUGGUUCGAUGAUGUGGUGCUUCUAUUGGGCUAGCUAGGCAGGCAACCCCACCUGCAGACUAGCAUUUCAGUUGCCAACAUGAGCUGAUAUUAAAGAACUAUUUUACAUUGUUUUAAACGCUCAAAUGCCUUUCUUACUAUCAACCCGUUCUGUCUCCCCUAAACCGAACGAAACCAUCCCGCGCAAACCCUCGUAACCACUUCCACAUUUGUUACGUGUCUAAUUAGCGUGUAAUCAACCAGAACUACAAACAUAAAUUAAAAAAAAACCCAAAGAAAGUCAUGUCUCAACAUAAAAUCAAAGACACACACACUGUAGAGUGCCACGUGCCACGAGGCAGUAGAAGUUCAAACUAACGAACCUUUCUUAAACCCCGCUCUGCGCAAGCGCACGUCCCCGGUGCCCUCCUUCCACAGCCUUGUACAUUUUGUUCACACAGAUGAUUCUAUAAACGAGUACCCGUUACGUUCUGAUGCACAAUAGGAGUUGAUUAUAAAUUUGUUGACGCUACUUGAAAGGAUUUUAUGACAGUGAUUUUUGGCCCUAGGCAACACAAAAAUCAAAACGAUAAUAAACCUAUUGCAUUGUUAACUAAGUUUAGAACUUUUAUUCAAAUCAUACAAAUCAAGGGAUGCAGUUAGAGGGAGAACCUAAGAAAAGGAAAAAAACAAACGCUACUACCAAAUCUAUCGGUAGCAAAUAAUGCCGGACAAGUUGCAAAUAGUCGCGAGAUACACACUCAACACUAUAGGAUGAGGAGGAGUGCUAA